UUUUCUGUCACGAUGCAGCUCAAAGAACAAGGCUGGGUCGCCUGGAGCUCUUCAUAGGCUGGAAAAAGCGAUACAAGGUCUUUGGAGGAAAACAUUGUAGCAGCCUCGUUCUGAACCUGAGCCCUUGAUGUCAUACUAACUGCGUUAUGGAGGCGGUGAUGAGGCAGCCACUGUCCACGGCAGGACAGUCCUGGCUGGAGUCUUCACUCCAGCGAUCGUCUAAACUUGGACUUGAGGUGUUGGAAAGAGCCAAAAGACGGUCUGUAGACUGGUCAAGUGCGAGAGUGCCAAACCAGAAGCGCAGAGCCAAAGAAAAACACGGCGAGGUACAGGAAGACCAGGAAGACCCCAGUGUCCAUGUGAGCUUGGACCGUUCCUUUGCCAAAAUAAUGCAGCACAUGUCAGAAACUACCUAUCAGUGUAAGAACUUUUACAAGUCUGUAGGUUCAGCGAAGGCCAGCGAGCGAGAGAAAAAUCAUGUAUGUCGUUUCCACUCUCUGCACCUGCCACAUACUUCAAGACGAACUCAGCCAGCAGCCUUUGCCUCCAGAAGAGCUCAUUGUACCGGUCUGUCUGAGCCAGAGGAUUUCUUGAUUGAAGUGUCUCCGGGCACUUACUCCAUCACAGCAGCAGUGCAGGAUGCUGGUCCACAGACCAGAGUGGUGCGCAUUAACGCAGGGGAGAGCAAGAGGCUCACAUUUAACCUCUGACCUCCUGGCCUUCAUCAGAUUUUGACAAAAUUGUCUUCCAGUACCACAUGCCUGGAGAGUUAAGUGACCGACCAUUCUGUUCAUUUGCACUAAAAUUGUAUUGACAUUGAUUACAGCUGUGUAUAAGCUCUUUGAUGUGCCUUUAAAAUGUGCCUUAAGAUAAAGUUGACUUUUACUACUCAGGAUUUUUUCUAACCAGUGUUUUGUUUUAAAGUGAUUUGAGAUGUGAACUAUUACCCAAUACUUUUACUUUGUGAAAUGCAACUACUGCCUGUUUUUAUCAAAAUAAUUUAUAAAUGGUGAUGAAAUAAACACAUGCCAUAUUUUUAUACCA